AUGGGCGGGGGCAGCGCUCCCCUUCCCGGCGUGCCCCGCGGCGCGCCAACAUGGCGGCUCCCGUGGCCGCGGCCGCCGCCCGGGCCGCGCUCUGGGCCGCCGGUGCCGCCGCGGCGGGGCCGCUCGGGCCGCGAGCAGGUGCGCCGGGACCGCGGGGCUCGCCUCCCGGGGAGCCGCUGGAACGGGGGCGGCUCGGCGCUGGGGAGGAUCCUGAGUGUUCCCAGCCGCUGCAGCAGGAGCAGCUCGGUGCUGAUCGGGAUCCCGGGAGUUCCCAGCCCCUGGAACGGGAGCGGCUCGGUGCUGGGUGGGAUCCUGAAUGUUCCCAGCCGCUGGAACGGGAGCAGCUCGGCCCUGGGCAGCCUCCUGGGCAUCCCCGCCGAGGCCCCACCUGCCACUCUGGGCCAGCACCCGCCGCCCGUGGCCACCGACAAAGAGGAGCAGAAACGCCUCCUGGAGCAGCGGCCCGACCAGCCCCCGCAGCCCAGGGUGCUGAGGAUCGCCAUCAUCGGCGCCCCCAACGCCGGGAAAUCCACGCUCUGCAACCAGCUCCUGGGCAGGAAGGUUUUCCCAGUCUCCAAGAAGGUUCACACCAGCCGCUGCAAGGCCCGGGGUGUCAUCACACACGAGGACACGCAGCUGAUCAUUCUGGACACGCCUGGCCUCACAAAUCCCUUAAAAGCCAAAAGGCAUAAUUUAGAUGAAGCCAUGCUGACAGACCCAUGGGACAGCAUGAAACACGCAGAUUUAGUCCUGGUUCUGGUGGAUGUGUCAGAUCACUGGACAAGGAACUCUCUGAGCAAGGAGGUGCUCAGGUGCCUGUCUCAGUUCCCCCACAUCCCCAGUGUGCUGGUCCUGAACAAGGUGGAUGUACUAAAGAAGAAAUUUCUCCUGCUGGAAAUAGCAACUGACCUGACAGAGGGGAUUGUAAAUGGAAAGAAACUGGAAGUGAAAUCUUCACCUAAACAGGAUUCUCGUUCUUCAGUAAAGGUUCCCCUUCAUCCCACUCAGGCUUCUCCAGCUGAGAGCAAAGUGCCAGGGUCUCCCUUUGGGCAGGAGAGGAAUCAGGAGGCCCAGGAGGGCUCUGGUUUGGACAGGAGCAGUGAUGCUGGGGCUGCUGGCACAGGGGAAGGGCCACAGCACCGUGGAGUCAGGGGUCUGAAGGACAUGAAAGGCUGGCCACACUUCCAGGAGAUCUUCAUGCUGGCAGCUCUGCGUGGGGAGGAGGUGGAUACACUCAAGAGGUACCUCCUGAUGCAAGCCAAGCCAGGCCCCUGGGAGUUCCACAGCGAGGUCCUGACCAGCCAGUCACCCCAGGAGAUCUGUGAUAACAUCAUCAGGGAGAAGCUCCUGGAGUACCUGCCCCUGGAAGUGCCUUAUGGAGUGACUCAGGUGACACACGUGUGGGAGGAAGGAGAAUGUGGGGAGCUCCUCAUCGUGCAGAGCCUCCUGGUGCCCAGGGAGUCUCACAAGAGGAUGUUGAUUGGAAGAGGAGGAAAGGUCAUCAGCAGGAUUGCUCAGGAGGCUGGCCAGGACCUGAUGAAUGCUUUCCUGUGUGAGGUGCGCCUGAAGCUCAAGGUGGAGGUGAAGGGCUGAGCACCUGGUGUGUUUUAACAGCCCUUGAACUCUCUGAUCAUGUGGAGAAACCAGUCCUGGGGGUGUUCUGGCACCUUUGUUGAAUCCAGAAAUAGAGGAUGAUGGAGUUACUACCAUGGGCUGAAGUGAAUAUGUUGUUCUUUGGGGGAACAGCCCAAACUGAAAUAAAAUCUCCAGACUUCCUAUGGCAUCUGGCCUGGGGACAGACACUGGAGAAUCAGCUGCACCCAUGAUUCUGGUGCUGCAUUCCCAGAGCUGCCCCCACUUCUUUUGGGCUGUGUCUCAUGUCCUUGCUCUCAGGGGUUUGUACGUGGGACUUCAGGAGCAUCUCCUGCCUUGGAGCAAACAAAGGGUGGCAGUGAGGCAUUGUCAGCACAUGUUUGCAAUCCCUUCUGAAGGCUGAAUUGUGGUCACACAGGGGGAUGAGGCCACCCCAGCCCAGCUGAUGGUCUUGUGUUGACUUUCCUCCCUGCCCUGAUGAAGCUGGUGGGUGCAGGGAGUUGGUUUUGGGAGUUUGCUGGCAGCUGGAACAUCUGUAAUGCCUGGCUGGCUUGUCUUCAUGUAAAACCAGCAUGGACCCACUCUUUAGGAGUUCAAGUAGUUUAUUCUAUCACUUACUUCCAAGUCUUCACUCUUUGCACCAGGGUCACAGAUAGAAACACAGCAGCUGUUGCAGCUAAAGAAAGCCCCAAAGUGGGAAGAGUAGCAGGUUCUGCAGCUCAGGUGUAACAGAGAGCACCUGGCACCACAUGUGUGUCCCUGGGCCUGGUGUUUGGGGCUUGUUUUAUCCCUUUGUCAGGUGUUUGGAGCACUGGCAGAAAUCCUUCCUGCCAGAAAUCCAGGUAAUCCAGUUCUAAAUUAACAUCCCUGAGGGAAGAAAACCCCAACAGGGAAGAGAUUGGGAAGGGUCUGGAACCCAAACCUGCUCAGUCUCUGUCCCUCUCUGGAGCAGUGUGAAAGAGAUGUUUUAGCCUUCUGCUGAAGAAUUCUAUCUGGAAUGUGAGAUAACUGAAAACUGGGUUGGGAACCCUGCACAGAGUGUCUGUCCUUGUUCCCCAGGAGCAGGGGGUGCUGUGCUCCCUUCAAUGCUGCUGUCCAACUUUUGUAUUUCCCUUGCAAUAAAAUGAGGUCCCAGCACAA